CUGUGAAGCCUAAUGCAUUUCCGAUAAUGGCGAGAAAUGACGACCGAGCCGUAUACCCCGUAGCGCACAUCAAGCGCUUGGACGAAAACGUAGUAAAUCGGAUAGCUGCUGGAGAGAUCAUUCAUAGACCUUCGAAUGCUUUAAAGGAAAUGAUUGAAAACUCUCUGGAUGCUCAAGCGACGUCUAUUCAAAUCACGGUGAAGGACGGAGGGCUGAAACUUUUGCAAAUUCAGGAUAAUGGUGUUGGAAUACACAAAGAAGAUCUGCCUAUGGUGUGCGAACGUUUUGCUACAUCUAAAUUGGAAUGCUAUGAAGAUCUCAGCAACAUUGCGACGUACGGGUUCCGUGGCGAGGCACUUGCAAGUAUCAGCCAUGUUGCCCAUGUCACUGUAACUACCAAAACGAAUGACUCACCUUGCGCAUGGCGAGCUUUCUAUUCAGAUGGGAAACUUGUACCGGGCAAACCAGGUACCAGUGCUGAUCCAAAACCGUGCGCUGGCAAUCAAGGCACCCAGAUAGUGGUAGAAGACCUCUUUUAUAACGUACCUACGCGGCGAAAGGCACUGAAGAGCUCCAGUGACGAGUAUAACCGAAUACUGGAUAUCGUUCACAAAUACGCGAUACAUAACAGUCGCGUCAGUUUUACUUGUAAAAAGCAAGGGGCUAAUACGGCGGACAUACACACCCCAUCUUCGGCGAAGACUUUGGAUAAUAUACGCUACGUGUUUGGUGCCACCAUCGCCAAGGAGCUGCUAGAAAUGGAGCACACUGAUUCCCGGUGGGACUUCAAGCUUGAGGGGCUUGUGUCCAAUGCCAACUUUAGCACCAAAAAAAUGAUUUUUUUGUUGUUCAUAAAUCACAGAUCCGUCGACAGCUCAAAUCUAAAGCGUGCUGUGGAAGCCGUAUAUACCGAAUAUCUGCCGAGAGGCACACACCCCUUUGUCUAUCUCAGCCUGGAGAUCAAGCCGGAAAACGUGGAUGUUAAUGUGCAUCCAACCAAGCGUGAGGUCCAUUUUUUGAAUGAAGACAAGAUCAUUCAGACCGUGUGCGAAGUGUUACAGUCCCGAUUGGCAGACGCAAAUCAAUCUCGCACGUUUUAUACACAGACUUUCCUUCCCGGCGCACCGCCCGUAUCGACCCCUGGUCCUGGGAGCAAUAAAUCAACAAAAGCCCCGGAGCAUAAACUCGUACGAACGGACAGCCGCACAAGAACGCUGGAUGCCUUUAUUACGCAUCUACCCGCUCCUACAGCAAUACCCCCAAAUGAAAUCUAUCAGCCGGAAGAUGCAGAAGAGGCAACGCGGGUGGAGGAGUCGUCCCGGAAGCGACUCAAGAUUGUUGAUCAUCUAAACCAAGAUACGCAGGUAUCCACAAUAACAACAGUCGAGGAGCGAACUACCACAUCAGUUGACGAAGAAGAAGGGGAUGUGAAUGAUGUACGGCCUGACAGAAUGUCCGAAUCCAACCUUGCGCCCCAUAAAAUAACGCAUAAGGGGCGUACCGUCGAGGUACGAUUGACAAGUGUACUGGAACUGCGAGAUGAAGUCCGGCAGUCGUGUCAUAAAGGGUUGACAGAUGUUUUUGCUGAACAUACAUUCGUCGGAUUGGUCGAUGAUGUGCUCGCCAUCAUCCAGCAUCAAACCAAGCUAUAUCUAGUCGACUAUCAAAAUCUAAGUCAGGAGCUCUUCUAUCAAUUGGCUCUCCAGGGGUUCUCCAAUUUCGGCUUUAUCCAACUUUCGCAACCAGCUUCCAUAUUUGAUCUUGUGAUGAUCGCUCUUGAAGCUGAGGACACCAGUGCAUGGCCUAAUGAUAUGAUGUCCAAAGAGGAAAUAGCGGAGGAAUGCAGAAAGAUACUGGUUGAGCGGCGCGACAUGUUGCUGGAGUAUUUUUCGUUCCAUGUCAGUGAGGCGGGAGAGAUCCUCAGCUUGCCCGUCCUCCUUCGUGGCUAUGUCCCCAAUGUGGACAAAUUACCAUUAUUCCUACUACGAAUCGGGAGUGAAGUUGAUUGGGAUGCUGAAAAGCCUUGUUUUGAGGGCUUUUCACGAGAGUUAGGUCUCCUUUACGCUCUAGAACCUUCAAUACCGCUCGAGCCAUCAAGCGGUUGGAAUGAUGGAGAUGAACAAGGGCAUCAUCAUACGGUCCCCAUGGUUAUUGGCUUGGCUGAUAGGAGUAAGAGUUCCCAAGGAGACAGCAGUAAGCAAGCGAACGAGGCUAUGGCAGCUUACCGCUGGGUUGUGCAACACGUAGUGUUCCCCGCUCUAAAGGAACAUUUCGUAGCUCCCCAAGCCAUGGCCGGGGAUGGCACUAUAGUCCAGCUGGCCAACUUGCCAGACUUGUAUAGAGUCUUUGAAAGAUGCUAGUACAUCCGGAUUUCUUGUGCCCAUGAUAUCCUCUUUGUAUAUUUUAAUGUUAAAUAGUUACAUUGCAAUCAAUCGGUAGUAUUCGGGUCCGGCCC